AUGUCGUGGACUAUGAUAAGAAUAAAUCAUUGGAAAGAUAGGAUGGAAAAAAGAUUUAGAUAUGCUGCAAGAGUUUAUUUUGAAAGGCAUAAUAGGGAAAAUUAUUUGGGUUUAUCUUUAUUAGCAUUUACCGUUGUCAGUCGGGAAGCUUUAGAAGCUUUUAUUUUUGUUGCGGGGAUCGGAUUUCAUGAACCACCUUCGGGACUUCCAAUACCAGCGGUACUUGGAUUAAUAUUGGGUAUAUUCUUGGGUUAUUUAGUUUAUAGAGGAUCAAAUCGUAUAUCAUUAAAAUUAUUUUUCAUGUUAUCUUGUACAUUAUUAUUUUUCAUUGGUGCCGGAUUUUUUUCGAAUUCUAUUUAUCAAUUUCAAACUUCUUUAAAUUCUAGAGAGAUCAUUUUAUGGAAAUUAAAUUGUUGUGAUCCAAAUGAUAAUGUUGGUUGGAACAUUGCUAAAUCUUUAUUUGGUUGGCAAAAUAAAGCUACUUUAGGUGGCUUUGUUAGCUAUAUUAUAUACUGGGUUAUUGUAAUUGCUGGUAUACUUAUAAUUAAUUAUUAUUAUAAUUAUAAAUCUAAUUUAGAACAUAAUGAAAGUAAUCAAGAUCAAAAUGAAAUGAAUAAUCAAGAACAACAAAAUCAUAAUAAUCAUCAUAUAGAAAUAACAGAAAUG